AUGGCGCUUCCCGACUGGAUGGUAACGCUAAUUGCUGCUGCAUCCUUCCUCUGUUUCUUAUGUUUAUGUGUUCGCUACAGACGCUCAGGACAAGUGUUUUGGAGAAAACUGUUAAGCAAGAUAAUGGCCCGCACGGAGAAGCCACUGUUCAGAAUCGCGUACACACUCUACACCAGGACCAGACUUGGCUACAUGUACUACAAGAGGCAAAUGAAAAAAGCCAGGGAACAUUACCCUGCUGGACAUUCCACAGUCCACCCCAUGGAGUUUAAUGAUAUAAAAGUAAUUCCCAUCUCGGUACUGUCUGACAACUACAGCUAUCUUGUAAUAGACACAGCCUCCAGUGUUGCAGUUGUUGUAGACCCUGCAGACCCUCAAACAGUUCAGGCAGUCCUUAAGGAAGAGGGAGUGAUGUUAGAAGCAAUACUCUGCACACACAAGCAUUGGGAUCACAGCGGGGGAAACAAAGGGUUGAAAAGGCUUCACAGCUCAUGCCGAGUGUAUGGAAAUGCAGCUGAUAACAUUCCUGGCCUUACGCACCCUCUCACGCACAAGGAUUCUGUAACAGUUGGUCGGAUGCACUUUAAGGCCCUCUUCACUCCUGGACACACAGUGGGCCACAUGAUCUACCUCCUGGAUGGCCAAGCGGUCGGCGCUCCCUCCAGCCUCUUCUCUGGUGACCUGGUUUUCCUCUCAGGAUGUGGGAGAAUGUUUGAAGGCAGUGCAACAACAAUGCUGUCAUCUCUGGACACAGUCAGCUCCUUAAGUGAUGAUACUCUAUUGUGGCCUGGUCAUGAGUAUGCAGAAGACAACCUGCUGUUUGCUGCUGAGGUUGAGCCACGCAAUGCUGCCAGGGAAAACAAAUAUCAGUGGGUGCUGCAGCAGCGAGGCCAGAAGCUGUGCACGAGUCCCUCCACUAUUGGAGAAGAGAAGCAGUACAACCCUUUCCUGCGCAGCCACUCUGCUGAGCUCCAUCUGGCCCUAGGCCUCCAGCAGUUUCAGGAUGAAGACUGGACUCAAUUCAGGGCUCGUGUGCUGGAGGAGCUGCGGAAACGCAAAGACCUCUACAACAGGAGAUAGUACUAGCGAAAAGUCUGAUAAACAGCAGGGAACAGAGCAGUGAGCUCACCUGUAAAGGACAGUGGUACGAAAGCGGCAAUCUGCUACUGAGCUCUGAAAAAAAAGCCUGACCGGUUUUGUACAUUUAAAGGGGCAUUAAAUCAUUUUUGACCUUUAUCAACCUGUGUCAAUGACCACUAGGAACAAAGUCACAACUUCAUUAUUACAUAAUCCAAGUACUAAUAAUCCUAUUACCUCUCCACAUGCUGUAUGUUGUGGUAAUUUUGUGUUUAUAGACAGAGUAGUGCUCAUUUAUUGCCUCUUUAACACAGAGUCAUAACAACAAUGUAGAUUUGCAUGAGUACCUUCCUGGUAUAAUCAGAUUUCUCAUUCUGGUGUGUGAAACACAGGGUGAGAACAGGUCUGCACAUUACGUGGGUUAAUCAGCAUGUUAGGUACUGUAUUAUUGACUCCACAGUUUGUUUAAUUUUUAGGAUGAGCAAUCAAUUGUCUUCAAAACCUUUCAUGAAAAUGACUGUAUUUGGUUCGCUGGUUUAACAUUUACAUGCUGCUGAAGAGUAAUUAUUUUCUCCAUGGAAUAUUUGACUUGGACUUGAGUAUUUUGAUUGACUGAUUUUGAAUUGUUACAACUGUUAUAAUAAUGGUACCCUUAAUUUAACUAAUCGCACAAAUGCUUUUUGCUGUUGGUACAGCCUUUUAUGUGAAUAUGUUUGCUGAAUCCAAGAGUCAAUCGUGUUUUCACUUUAAAAAAGAUGUUACUAGCAUUAGUUCUUUACGGUGCACGUUAUUUGGCUACUAACUCUGUUUUUUCCCGUAGGAAUUUUACUUUAAAAUAAAAACGGUAAGGAUUUAUCUGCUCGUGGGCCAAAGAUGAAACACAUUUUGUAGUAAAGACAUUUUUUGUGCCUCUCAGAAAAUGUUUUUUGCUGAAGUAAUUGUUUGGCUUUUAGAACUGUAUUUUUUACUACAUGUCACUACAUGAACAGCAGCAUGUGUGAAAGAUUUAACAGACACUGCAUUGUAAUAUAUGAAAUAUGACUGAAAUUGCUAUUAAAAAGAUUUGUUUUUUAGCUAAUUUUAAAUUAAUUACUCAUGUCUGCCAAUUAAACUGAAUCAAGCUAUCUGUAGACAUACACUGCUUUGCAGUGAGUUUUAAUUGAUGUUUAAAAUGUGUAAUAUUUAGGUUGUUGAUGGAAUUGGAAGACUUUUCAUUUGCUUUCUAAUAUGAGAGUACAAUUUGACAUUGACUGUGACACUCAAUUGAAGGAAUGUUUUUAUAAUGAAUCUGAAAGUCAAAAUGAUAAAUAUUUUUUAAUAUAUUGAAGCGUUUAUUAUACUGUGACA